AUGUACACCACAAUCCAGCUGCACACAGCAGCAGCAGCAGCAGCAGCAGCAGCAGCAAAAUGCAAACAUGAGCAGCUGCAGCAACAGCUACAGCAGCAGCAGCGGCAAAAUGCAUGCAACGGCAGCAGCAGCAUGGAGAUUACAGCAGCAGCAGCAGCAAAAUGCAGGACACAGAAAAGCAGCACAGGACAGCUGCAGACGGAAUCAGCAACAUUAACAGCAGCAGCUGCAACAACAGCAGCAACAGCAGCAGCAGCAACAGCAGCAGCAGCAGCAGCAGCAGCAGCAGCAGCAGCAUCCUUACAAGAGCCACAGACAGACGACGUCAAACAACGCCGAGGUACAGAAAUCUGGCCAGCAGCAGCAGCAGCAGCAGCAGCAGCAGCAGCAGCAGCAGCAAGCCUCAACACGAGUAAGAAAGCAGCAUCGAUGUGGCACAAGCAGCAGCAGCAGACGCAGCAGCAGCAGCAGCCUCAGCAGCAGCAUCAGCGUGAUCAGCAGCAGCAGCAGCAAGAGCCACCCACACCUACAGCACAACCAGCAGCAACAGCAAAAGCAGCAGCAGCAACAAGAGCAGCAGCAGCAACUAAAACAGCAACUGCAGCAGCAGCAGCAACAGCAACCGCAGCAGCAGCAACAGCAGCAGCAGCAGCAGCAGCAGCAGCAGCAGCAGCAGCACGUACUUGA